CUGGGCCAGCGAGAGGCGUGCGAGACGGGCAGGGCGGCGGGGUGAAGGGAGCCUGAGCGGGAGACCAGGCUCUUCCCGCGUGCGUCCCUUCCUGGCACUGGGGCGGGUGUCAAUCGCGUCAACUCUCGAAAGUGCUCCUCUCUCUCCUCUCGAUUUCCUCCGUUGUACCCGCGCUUCCGCGUGGUCUGCCGGGCGUGAGAGUCACCUCGGGGAUCUCUGGUGCCUGAGCCGACUUCCCGUUUUACGUGUGGGCAGGCUGAGGUCCGGAGACUGGAGUGCCUGGACCGGGUUCUCACAGGGACCCGGGGAUGAGGUUUCUAGUGCUGUUUUACGCAGUGUGCUCCGGGAGGGAAACUGGCAUUUGGAGGCGGGAACUUGCGUUGAUGGUGUGCCCCUGCCCUCAUUGGCUGUGGCACCUGACACACCUUUGAGAGUUGGGCAUAAUAACAGCAGUUUGUGCAGCUUUCGUGAUUUGCUCGAGGGGCACCGUGAUCAGAGAACCUUCCUAACACGAGCGGGCGUGCAGGGGUGACAGGCUCGCACAGAGGAGGUGCUUGCUAGAAAUGGUAGUGAUCGAAUGACUCGGGCUCUUUGCCAGUCUGAAGCGCUGGACUCUUGAGUUACUCUUGGGUGUGUGGUCUGUGCAAAGCCUUGAAAACGUAAGGUGAUGCAAGUUCUGUGUGUAAACCGAGGAGUCUGAGAACAGGGCUCCAAGCUCUUAUUUAAAUUAUUCCAGUAAUUAUACCAUUGCAGUCAUUUGCCUUGCUCGGCAGGAAAUAUAAAGAAUGUAAAUACUGUGUGUUGUGCCAGCUCCUGAAAUGUAAAAAUGUACAAAACCCCGUGAACUGGUAGUUUGCUGGAAGGCAAAGACACAGAACGCUCAUUCCCAAUGCCUGGUGCACACAGCUUCUCACGUAGUUGGGAAUUACUGCCAACCUGUCCCAAUACAGGCCACCAUACAGGUGUGUGUGUGAGAGCACAGGGAAAGGGGUGCCUUCUGUGUUGCAAUGGGUUGGAGAAAGCUUCUUGGGAUAAGUGAGGCUUGAAGGAUGAGUUCAGGUUGCUGGUGUUGGGGAAGGCUGGCAUGUUCCCAGAACAGUGAGCUGUUUGGGGCAUGUUAGUGCAAUGGCGGGAUAAGGAGCUGGAAAAGGUGUGUUUGGAUCAAAAUAUGAAAGGCUUUGCUGCCAUUCCAAGACAGUGAUGGUGGGGAGCCAUUAAUGGAGUCUGAGCUGGGGAGUGGUUGGAUCAGUUAUCUUUUAGCUGUGAUAUGGAGACUGGACUGACAGGGUCAAGAAUUAUUCAAUUCAUUGUUCACAGAGUGUUUAUUGAGAAUGCUCCAUGUCCAGACACUGCUGGAAGCUGCAGAUACAGCUGGGAAUAAAAUAGACAUGGUCCCUGCCCUCAUGGAGUUUACAGUCUAAAUCCGUGCAGGUGCACACAUGGGCUCCUGGCCUGGUAGUGCCUACACGCCUGGGAAUGUGUUAGAAAUACACAUUUUUCUGCCCACAGCCAGGCCUGGUGAACUCUGGAGUUGGGCUGCCCCACCAGUGGCUGUGGUGCUCGGUUACAUUCCAGGGUCGCUGGGCUGCCAUAAUGCAGCAGGUGGUACUGGAGGGUUAACCCAGGGUUGAGGCAGUUAGGACCAGCAGGGAGUCAGUUUGAGGGAGGUCUUGAACAGGGUCACUUGCUUUAGGAGUCAAGGGUGAAGGAUUUGCUGGCUUGGGGUCUGUGGUUGGACCACAAGUGCAGUUGGAUGGUGGCAGGCGUGAAUCUGCUGUGCGUCUCACCUCUGUGGCCCAGACUUUGCCACGAAACUGCACUAGGCAGUGCCUCCCCAGUUCCUAAUGUUUGUGCAGUGCACAGAGGAAUUGGAUGGGGUCGCAUGAGGUUCGAGGGGGCCAGCCGGAGGCCCCAGGCAGCUGAAAGCUGACGGUAACCAGCUAGGGGCCCAGCUCCCAGAGCUGUGACGAUCCGCAGCCAUUCUCAGCACUGCUGGGGAACUCUGCUCCGUGGGCUGUGCUGGGAGGCAGAGGGACUCCUCUGUUUGGCAACCCAAAUCAAGAACCUUAAAUGAGUUUAUACCCUGUGACUCAAUUCAUUCCAUUCCUGAAGAUAUCUCCCAAAUAUAUAGCAAAAGAGAAGCCUUCUGUUCAUUGUAGAUUGUGUACAACAGAGAAAGCUGGCAACUCUGUGGUAGGAGAAUCAUUUCUGAUAGCGUAUUGCUGUUAGACACGUGUGGCUAUUCGGUGCCACAUGGAGGAACAUAUGCACUCACUGGACAAUGUCAUGUGCUGAGGAUACAGGGGGAGGAAGCUGGAGGUGGUCUUUGCCUGCACAGAGGAGCCUGUGGGGAAAGACAGGCAGCCUGAUGAGCAGCCCACCCCAGGGACAGCUGGGAAGGGACUGGUGCAGUUCCUCUCCUGCUGGGCUGUCAUGGAAGGGCUGCUAGCAAGAUGCAGAGCGUUGCCCACCCUCAGCGUCCUCACUGCUUGCAGCCGCCAGCUCUCAGGACGCACGCCCUGCAGGUCUCACCACUGCGGCCCAGGGAGCGGGCAGCGCUUGCUCCUUUCUCGCAUCUUCCAGCCACAGAACCUGCGGGAAGACCAGGCGCUCUCCCUGGAGAGCAGAUCUGGUGAGCUGACCUGCAAGAGCCAGCGGCUGAUGCUGCAGGUGGGCCUGAUCCUCCCGGCAAGCCCCGGCUGUUACCACCUCCUGCCCUAUACCGUUCGGGCCCUGGAGAAGCUUGUGCGGCUGAUAGACCAGGAGAUGCAGGCCGUCGGGGGGCAGAAGGUCAGCCUGCCCAGCCUCAGCCCGGCGGAGCUCUGGCGAGCCACCCAGCGGUGGGACUUGAUGGGCAAGGAGCUGCUCAGACUUCAGGACAGACACGGCAAGGAGUACUGCCUGGGACCCACUCACGAAGAAGUCGUCACAGCCCUGGUCGCCUCCCAGAAGAACCUGUCCUACAAGCAGCUUCCGUUCCUGCUGUACCAGGUGACGAGGAAGUUUCGGGACGAGCCCAGGCCCCGCUUUGGGCUUCUCCGGGGCCGGGAGUUCUACAUGAAGGAUAUGUACACCUUCGACUCCUCCCCAGAGGCCGCCCGGCAGACCUACGGCCUGGUGUGUGACGCCUACUGCAGCCUCUUCAGCAGGCUGGGGCUGCAGGUCAUCAAGGCCCAGGCCGAUGUGGGCAGCAUCGGCGGCACGAUGUCGCACGAGUUCCAGCUGCCGGUGGAGGUUGGGGAGGACCAGCUGGCAGUGUGUCCCAGCUGCGGCUUCUCGGCCAACGUGGAGACGCUGGAUUCAUCGCAGACAAACUGCCCCGUGUGCCAGGGCCCGCUCACAGAAACCAGGGGCAUUGAGGUGGGGCACACGUUUUACCUGGGCACCAAGUACUCCUCCAUCUUCAGGGCCCAGUUUACCAAUGCCGAGGGCAAGCCGUGCCUGGCCGAAAUGGGGUGCUACGGCUUGGGUGUGUCCCGGAUCUUGGCUGCCGCCAUCGAAGUCCUAGCUACUGAGGACAGCGUUCGCUGGCCGGGCCUCCUGGCCCCUUACCAGGUCUGCCUGAUCCCCCCUAAGAAGGGCAGCAAGGAGGCGGCGGCCACAGAGCUCACGGAGCGCCUGUAUGACCACAUCGCAGAGGCGGUGCCCCAGCUGCAUGGGGAGCUCGUGCUGGACGACAGGACCCACCUGACCAUUGGAAGCAGGCUGAAGGACGCCGACAAGUUGGGCUACCCCUUUGUGGUGGUUGCGGGCAAGCGGGCCCUGGAGGAGCCUGCCUGUUUUGAGGUUUGGUGUCAGAACACGGGGGAGCAGCUCUUCCUCACCAGAGAGGGAGUCCUGGACUUGCUGACCCCAGUGCAGGUUGUGUGAGGCCCCGGGUACAGCUGGGCACUGUGUACGCCUAUGCUUGCUCAGGCUCACCGACGAGGAGACCAUGUUCGCAAAACCCACUCAGAGCCAGUCACUGGUCACAUUAUUCCUAUCGCAAGUCCUUACCUGAUCCCCCUCUCUGGACUCCUGUGCUGACAGGUCCACUCCUUUAUAUUCCACUGUCGAAGUCUCUGUUGGGAACUGAGAGCUUCCCUUGUGUAUGAUGGCAGAGGCUUAUGGCCAAAGGGACCCCCCCCCACACACACACACACAGUCUUGUCAUGGGCUGUUGGCUGUAUUCGGUCUGGAGAGCAGGCCCUCCAGGCCCCCUCCACUGAGAAGUUGAGCUGAGUGUGGGAGAAUCAGGUGAUCUGACUGCCGCCAGCUCGCUGGUGACUUGAUGCAGCCCCUCCCUGCCUCAGUUGCCCCAUCUGGCCACAGCCAUCAGUGGGCACACCUGGUCCCUGUGACCCUGCAGCAUCUAAGCUUUCCAGAGAGUCGAGAGCAUUGGUUGAUGGCUCCAAAACCACCUCCACAGGCCUGGCCCCGCCGGGGCGGCCUAGCACCGAGAUUUCUAUGCGUUUCCAAUAAAGUCAGCCCAUGGCAUUGUGCCUCACGUGUUAAUUUGCAACAGUGGCAACACCUGCCAUUUAACUAGAAACUGGAAGUUAAAGCUUUCCAGGUGGUUCUAGAGUGCGUCAGAAUCGAGACUUCCUACUCCCACUCUUUCUAUGCUGCCCAACACCCCCCCUCUCCUCCCCAGAAAUUUUCACGGUUGGGAAAAUGCUUUUAGCUGUCUCUUCCCACAGGAAGAGCAGCAGGCCUCAGCGGGUCUGGCCCUAGGUGCUGAGCUGGAUCCGCAAGCUGUGAUGGGGACAGUGUUCUGAGCUGCUCUCUGCCUGAUUUCUGUGGGAAGCUGGGAGUGGGCUGGAGCUGCCACAGCGAGCCGCCCAAUCCCGUCGCAGCUCCACGGUAGUCCGACAUAACCAGCGUUCCCAUCUUUGCGUCUCUGAGGUCUCUCAACAUCCAAGUCUAACAAGAAUCUGUCAAGGUCAGACUUAAAAGCAUGGCCUCCUGGUGCCUGCCCAGCAGCUGCGGCACGUGGCUUCCUCUGCCUCCCUCGUGGAGCCCUGCCCGGGUCCUCCUCGUCUGACGCACACACGGCCCGUCGGAUGCCACUGCAGCCUCUUGUCCUUGCUGGUGAGCCUCCCUGAGGCCAGGAGCUCGAGCUGCUUCCUAGCACCCCCCGUUCUUGUCUUGGCCAAAGCUUCCUGGCAGCUUUGUUAACUCUGAGAGUAACGCCACCCCCACCAGCUUGCCCAGUGCAGAGCUCUGGGCCCAGGAAUCCCUUGGAUACUUUAGCUUUUCAGGCCAGGAGACGAGGAUUCUGAGUGAACCCCGAAAGGCAAGGCCGCUGGGCAGAGGCACCUCCCCCUUACACACAGGAAUCACCCGGGGCCCACCCAGAGGCUCUGGGCAGCAUGGAAUGCUCCGGGUGAUUCUGGACUGCCGCUUCCUCCAGGCCCACUGGGAGCUGGGCAUCAGCAGAGGAUUCGAACUCUGCUUUCAGUAGCCUGGUCCUGUGUAUGUUGAGGGCCUGCCACGUGUCGCUGUGCUGUGAGGCCCGUUUAUAUGCAGUUUCCAGGCCUCAAAGCUGAGCAGGAAACAGGCUGCAUUUAAGGAGUUCACGCAGGACACAUGGCUGUUAAGGAUCAGAGCUGGCAUCCGGGCACUGGCCAAGACCGAGCCCUUCCCACUGCACUGCUUGGCUGUGCCUGGGCAGGAGGGAUUGUAGCAAACUUGGGAUUCAGUGGAUCUGUCUGUUAGCCUCCAGUACGUGAGAAACCAGAAUGCAUGCAAAUGGUGCUUUAAAUUAUGUUUUUUUAACUUUAAAUUCAAGCUCCAGAAGCUUGUGUAUUUCUGGAAGGCCAGCCUAAUGACACUUAAAAAAACAGAUUCCUGAGGCGGGAAUGAGCUGUGCCAUGCCAUCUGACCGGCAAACGCCGCCUGUGAGCUGCCAGGGCUCCCAGGUUUGCUGAAACAGGUGCCUGUCCUGUCACACAACAGGGAGACGAAUACAAGGAGGGCAGUGAUCUGCCCGAGGUCACGCUGAGUAAAAGCCAGGUAUCCUGAUCACUAAGCCCAGGCUGCUUCUGAUAGCCAGAGGGAAAGAUCAGAGCCUCGAUUCUCAGGGACCGUGAUCUGAGACAAAUGACUUGCCCUGGGGCCAGCGCUGUGGUGCAGUGGGUAAAGCCAUCGCCUGCAGUGCUGGCAACCCAUAGGGGUGCUGGUUCGGGUCCCGGCUGCUCCAUUUUCCAUCCAGCUCUCUGCCAUGGCCUGGGAAAGCAGUGGAAGAUGGCCCGAGUCCUUGGGCUCCUGCACCCGUGUGGGAGACCUGGAAGAAGCUCCUGGCUCCUGGCUUAAGAAUGGUGCAGCUCUGGCCAUUGUGGCCAAUUGGGGAAUGAAUAGCAGAUGGAAGCUUGCUUGCUCGCUCGCUCACUCGCUCACUCUCUCUCCCUUUCCUUUUCUAUGUAACUGACUUUCAAAUAAGUCUUGCCUUCUGUGUGGCACGUUCGUCACUCGAGAUGCCUGUGGUACCUGCUUCGCAGGGUGGUCUGGGGCUUUGCCAAGCCCAUGUGCAUGAAAUGCUUAGUCCUUGGCCUGCACUUGAGAAACUCUUACAACAGGGCAACUCGGGACAGCCUGGCCCUGGGAGCUCAGGUUCUGCAGGUAGCUUUGUUGUCUCAAGACACGGAGCUUGUUCUCUGGAUAGGACGUUUUGCCGCCUUCCCGGGGACAGCCACGAGCAAGAAGUAGGUAAGGCAUGCAGAAUGGGUGGCGAUCCUUAGAAAAAAGCCGUUAGCACGCACACUGUGUAUCUCUUGCUGUAACCUGAUGCAGUGAGGGUCCUGGCAGAACAGCAGGUACAGGGCUGUCUCCACUGCCUAUCCCUUGGGGCGAUGCUGCAGGAAUCAAUACUUGGGGACAAAGGCUGGUGCGUAACAAGUGUAAAUCAGGCUUAGAAUGUAAAUCCAGGGCUCCAUUAAUAUUCUGUGUUUUAAUGGAAGAAACACUUGCUGAGCUAUCAAUAAAGGAGCUUUGCAGAAA